AUUUCAAAUUUGGUUCGAAGUUCAAAGGUCAAGGCUUUAACCCCGAGCCGUGUACAAAGUUUAUUUUGGUUUAUUAUUUUUGUCAUCAAUAAUGGCUGGAAAUGCUGACAACCAAAACUUUUGGGACUGGUUUGUGGCCUUCAGAAGUCCUGCUGAAAUCAAGAAGAAUCAUCCAGAGUUUCUAAUGUGUGAACUCUGCUUUUUCAUUUGCUCAAUAUUGACAUUCCUACAUGCCCAGCGUGUUGGAGGCAGGUUCAAGUACCUCUGGCUGGGGGUCAUACUGCAUGGACUCUUUGUGGAGAUGGUCAGCUACUGGAUGCCGGAUAUUGACAGCUUCUGGCAUGCUCAGGGAAUAUUUAUGUUCCUUGGCAAGCGACUUCCUCUCUACGUUGUUUGUCUCUAUCCAGUAUUCCUUUACACGGCCAGUGUGGUAGUUGCCCACUCAGGAAUGAAGUGGUGGGCUCAACCCCCUGCAGUCGGUCUGACCGUUGUUAUGCUCGAUCUCCCAUACGAUAUUCUGGGGAUCAAGAAUCUCUUCUGGACGUGGCACGACACUGACCCAAACAUCUACGAUCGUCACUACUGGGUUCCCUGGACCAGUUAUUUCUUCCAUGCAACUUUUGCAUGUGGCUUCACGGCCGUGUUUCAAGCCAGCCACAAACUUCUGGCUCCCAAUAAAGAGACCUAUCAACAUGCAGGUCUCUGUCAUGAGACGCUGUGUAUGCUGCUGGCGGCCAUGUUCGGGUUCCCCCUGGGCGUGCUCCAGUUUGUGUUCCUCUACCACCCCCUCCAUGACACGUACCACAUCCACACGGAGGUCUGCGUCAUGGUCCUGCUAAUCGUGUAUGGUCUCAUAGUCUGGCAGGGGGACCGGCACGGACAGAGGAAGGAGAUCUUCAAACGAAAAUGGUUCCUGGAUGAGAUAAUGACGGAGGUGAUUAUCCACUAUACAUACUUCCUGUACCUUGUGUUCACCUCCAAGCCAGAGAACAUUGAGGCCACAGGUGUACAUGAACCAGUCGGGCCUUGCAAUGUCACACAACCAGUCCAGACACCGUUUGGAGCGGUUUUAUCGAAAAGCAAGUACCUCUGCCUAGAGAACUACCAUGAGGAUGUUUUUGACUUCCACUGCGUGAAGGGGUUACCCGCCCCUGGCAGCCACUGGUACACAAUCUGCGGCACGCCGUAUGAGAACCACAUGGAGUACAUCGUGGUGAUAUGUACCGUCUGCUUCCUGGGCCUCACAUGGUGCCUUAGCAACCUGUUGUCAGGGCCUCUACCGGGACAUAAACACCACCAAAAGAUCCCAAAUACCAAGAAGCAGAACUAGUCUAUUCUCUUUUUGUCCCCUACCGGUGAAACCGGAGGGGACUUAUGGUUUGCGCUCUGUCUGUCAGUCAGUCUGUCUGUCACACUUUUCUGGAUCCUGCGAUAACUUUAAAAGUUCUUCAUAUUUUUACAUGAAACAUGGAUAGAUGGCAAUAUGGAGAUUAUGCAUGUCAUUUCAUUUUGUUUCUACAUCAAGAAUUCUGGUUGUGAUUGCAACAAAUAAAAAAACACAAAAACAACGACAAUGUUAGAGUUUCACCGGUAGUGGACCAUAUUGCCUGGCAAUCUCUUGUUUAAUAAGUCAUUCUAAAAAAAUAAAAUGCACCACCUUCUAGCAUUCCUUAUGAAUGAGAACUUGCCAAAAUGUUGAACCAAAAUAUUAAACAUCAUAUUCCCUGGGCCAUACCAAUACAAGAUUCAGAACUUCUUAAACCUAAUUUUUCUAUAAAAAAUGGAUUUAUGCAAUUGAACUUUUCUUUUUGAAGGGGCAUUUUGCAGCUUGUUAAACAAGCAUUAUUGCUAAACAUUUUGUCCAAAGGCAUCUAGGAAAUUUAAAUGUGGCAAUAACAUGUGCAAAUUUUCAUUUAAGAAGUUGUUAAAGUUUUAAAUGAAAAAUUAAUUUUGAUAUCAAAUACAUUAAAACUAUUUUGUACAAGGCAUUAUCACUAGAAAAAGCCACUUCAGCAAAUUAUUCCUACAAAAAUAAUAAGAAUUAUGAAGAAAUCAUGGCCGGGAUGUUGACAUCUGGCUUCAACUUUUAGCAGAACUUCUAGUCAUUUUUUUAGUCUUUUCACAGAACAAUUAUCCAACAAUGAACCAAUCAAAAUUAGAUGAAUAUAAACACCAAAUUCUACUCUGAAUUUAAGUAUUGUGGUAUGGUUAAGGUAAACGUAGAAUAAAAAGAUUGCUUCUUUGUACAGCAUCAAGCAACCUAGCUUCAAAAUCAUCAUUCUUUUCUGAUCACUGUAAGUAUGUCAGAUUGUUUUUCAAUUGAUUUAUUGAGAAAAAGCUCUCUUUAAAAACACUUCAAUUCUUGUUUUCCUGGUAUUUGGAUUUAUUUAUUUGUUUGUUGUGGUUGUGGGGUGGUUGGGGUGGUGAUUCAAAAUUAGGUUUUGAGAGCUGAGCUUGAUAUUUGUUGACUUGCUGGCCUGGCAUUACGAAAAUUAAAAUCAUCUGACAUAACUCAAACUUUAUUUAAGUGUUUAACCUAUAAGUCUGAAAUGAUGGCUACGAAACUUCCCACUUAAGAUCUUAAUUGAUUACAAAAUUGGUAAAGCAAACACACCCCAAAAACUAUAUCAAGAGAGAAAUUCCUGUUCUUAUCGACUUUUAUAACAGAACACCAGCUAUAAACAUACCAUGAUUGAAACUUAGAUCAACGCCUUGGAACACUAAAUGCAAACUCGUUAUUUGGGUGGUUUCAUCAUUUAAUCAAAUAAUCAUGAUUAACAGUGCCAUGAUGUGACACUUGUAAGUGUAUGUCAACAAUUGUUCAUGUCUUAAAGAAGAUAUAAUUUUCGUCAGCCAUGAAACAUAUGUAGAGUUGUGUAGUUCUAUACUAUACAAUCUAAUUUAUUAUAAAUAUAUAUUUUCUUGUGGAUUCAGUUUAAUACUAAUUUAUUUGUUUAUACAAAUAAUCGAUUUUAUUGAUUUUAAAUGAUCAGACAAGUUUCACAUUCUCAAUUCUAGAAAGAAUUUAUUGAUGAAUCGAAAACAAGGUUCAGGAUGUGCAUUAAAUUAUACCCCCGCAAACGUAGUUUAGGGGGUAUAUAGGAGUGAACUUGUCGGUCGGUCGGUGGGUCGGUCGGUCUGUCUGUCUGUCGGUCCGUAUUAAGUGUCUGCUCUCUAAUUCAAGUAGUUUUCAUCCGAUCUUCACCAAACUUGGUCAGAAGUUGUAUCUACAUGACGUCUAGGCUAAGUUCGAACAUGGGCCUUGCCGGGUCAAAAACUAGGUCACGGGGUCACUUAGUGCGUUUGAAACAUUCAGCAUGUUGUCCGCUCUCUAAUUCAAGUAGUUUUCAGUUGUAUCUAGAUGAUCUUAAGGCCAAGUUCGAACAUGGGCCUUGCCAGGUAAAAAACUAGGUCACGGGGUCACUUAGUGCAUUUUUAAACAUUCAGCAUGGUGUCCUCUCUCUUAUUCUAGUAGUUUUCAUCCGAUCUUCACCAAACUUGGUCAGAAGUAUUAUCUAGAUGAUCUGAAGGCCAAGUUCGAACAUGGGCCAUGCCAGAUCAAAAACUAGGUCACAGGGUCACUUAGUACGUUUUACACAUUGAGCAUGGUGUCCGCUCUCUAUUUCAAGUAGUUUAAAUCCGAUCUUCACCACACUUGGUCAGAAGUUGUAACUAGAUGAUGUCUAGGUCAAGUUCGAACAUGGGCCAUGCCGGGUCAAAAAUUAGGUCAGGGGGUCACUUAGUGUGUUUUAAACCUCACCAUGUCCUCCGCUCUGUAAUUCAAGUAGUUGUUAUCCAAUCUUCACCAAAAUUGGUCAGAAGUUGUAUCUUGAUAAUGUCUAGGGCAAGUUUGAAAAUGGGUCAUGCCGGGUCAAAAACAAGGUCACGGGGUCACUUAGUGCGUUUGAAACAUCACAAUGUUGUCCGCUCUCUAAUUCAAGUAGUUUUCAUCCAAUCUUCACCAAACUUGGUCAGAAGUUGUAUCUAGAUGAUGUCUAGGUCAAGUUUGAAUAUGGGUCAUGCCGGGUCAAAAACUAGGUCACGGGGUAUCUUAGUGCGUUUUAAACCUCACCAUGUUGUCCGCACUCUAAUUCAAGUAGUUUUCAUCCAAUCCUCACCAAACUUGGUCACAAGUUUUAUCUAAAUGAUCUCUAGGACAAGUUUGAACAUGGGCUAUUCCGGGCCUAAAACUAGGUCUCCUGGUCACUUAGUGCGUUUUUUAACAUUCAGCAUGGUGUCCUCUCUAAUUCAAGUAGUUUACAUCCGAUCUUCACCAAGCUUGGUCAGAAGUUUUAUGGAGAUGAUCUUAAGGCCAAGUUAGAACAUGCGUCUUUCUGGGUCAAAAACUAGGUCAAGGGGUCACUUUGUGCGUUUUAAAAAUUGAUCAUGGUGUCCGCUGUUUUUUGUGAAGACGACAUGCAAAAUAUUAUGUGUCAAUGCGGCAUGUGGGGGUAUUCGUCACGUCUGUGACAAAGCUCUAGUUUCAUUUGAUUGUAUCUUAUAAUGAAAUACCAAUUUAACUAGGCUAGUGUUCUUGUAUUUAUAGAUUUUUGUUGAGACUUGCAGUAAACAUAUUGCUGCAAAACCUUAAUACAAAUAUUAAAAAUCAUAAUCUUAAAUGAACCCAUUCCCACUUUGUGACCAGAAUGUGUAUAGUUGGGACCAAUUUUUUUUUCAAACGGCAAGUUGCAAGAGUAAAGCAUACUUUAAGUAGAGCUGAAGGUUAAUUUAAUUAUGCAAAUAUAUCAUAUAUUAUAUGAGAAAUAAGGUACAUGUGUUUAUACAAUGAUCUAAUGAUAAAUCUCUGGUAUGUACACACAGAAGCUGCAUUGAAUAGAAAGACAAUUAACAUCUUUUGUGUUGUAGUGGUGGUUUGGGGGGCAUCAAUUUCAAUUAAAAUCAAAUCUUAUGUGUUAUGUUUCAAUUUCGGUUUUGACUUGUUAGUAAUCUUUGGUAAACGUCAAUGGAAAUUUACUUUCACGCCUUUCAAUAAGUAGCACACGGAUAAUUAAUGACAAUUGUCUACUAAUUAAUGUGUUUUACAACUUGUGAAUAAUUGCGGUUCGUUCUCUAAACAAGUUACCAAAUGUUACCACUUUUAAGCAGAAAUCAAAAUGGUAACGAUCAAGUAAUACAAUAUGUUUUAAAUUAUGUAAAUGCCCAGGAUUCUUUUUCUAUUAAAGAUCAAAUGCCAUAGGGAGAACAUAAUUACAACAAAUGAAUACUUGAAGGUAAUGUUUUGUUAUUCAGACAGCUGUUGUUGCAUGUUCUCAUUUUGCAAUUUCGAUAAUUGGUCAAUUGUUUCCAUCAAUGCAAAAUUACCUUGCAUCAGCUGCAAUCAUAUUGUAACGAUAAAUGUCACUACAUAGAUACCAUGCUAUUAUAUCGUUUACUAUUGUUAUUGUGUAUUAUUUCAUGGGACUUCAUUGGAGCUGUUUACAAGCUCCAUCUCUGUUUACACCAACAAUAUAGUUAUCCCAAAACAUUGAUAUUAUUGUACAAUUAUUUUCUACGGAUUCCAUUUGUAGUACACAUACUUUGUUAAACUUAAUGGGAGAUAAUUAGUGUGUAGCUAUUUGUAUCACUGAUUAAACACAUCUGCAAUUUGUUUUUCUAAGCAAAUACAGUUCGGAAGACAAUGACAAACAUUUUGUUAAGAGUAUGCUAAUUGCCAAAACUUACAGAUGGGUACGCAAGUUCCCUUCUAAAUUAUUUGUAUAUUGAUAAAGUAAAACUUAAUGAAAUAAACCACAAUCAAUUUACAAUGCCAAUUAAACAACCAUGAUCUUAAAUGAUUUAUUUUCAAUUGACAAAAAUCAUGAUGUUCAUGACAGUAACAUUAUAAAAAAUGGCUAUUUUAUGAUUGUAAAGUCUAUUUUGUAUUUUAAAAUUAGAUUUGGAAACAUAUCCAACUAUACAAAAAUGUUUCUUAAAAAAUCAAUCACCAAAUUAAGCAAAAUUUUGAUAUUUUAUUGAAUAUUUUAUUCAAGGAACUUUAUAAUAUCUCUCAAGACUCUACCAGCUUCCACAUCGUAAGCCAUGUUGUUGAUUUGUAUUAUCAAGGAAGCUAUAUCUUCAAAACUUGAUAUUGGGAAUGUGAAAUGUGUCUAUUUUUGUAAAAAGAUUGAUUAAAAGUGUGCUGUAUGUAUGAACAAUAUUGCAAUAUAUAUUUAUUGCACAAAGCUUUCAAUGUUAAACACGUAAUAUUUUAUGUUUAAAAGUGUUCUUGUUCAUGGUCAAUGUCACAAGGUUGGGGUGUUAUAUUUGUUAUAUAUGGCUGAAUGAAUGUACACAAUAAUAAAUGAAAUGUUUACUUUGUUAUGAUUAAUUGAUUGACCAUUUACUUUUGCAUCUGAUUAAUCAAUAGGUACUUUAAGGUCGCUGUGACGGAACGGAUAUGAUGUCAACCUAGCGACCGGGCGGUCACGGGUUUGAUCCCCACAGGAGGGUUCUCUUUAAUCAUCCCCAAACACAUUAAGUACUUGUUCUAGUCCCAAAAAACGGACUCGAGAGAGUUUCAAUAAGUCUUAGGCUGUUGAUGAAAUCGAGCUAAAAUAAAUAGGUUUAAACUAAAAACUAGUAGAUAUUUUGAGUGCUGAUUCCAACCACUUAUGACUAGCUUUAGAGAAUUAUAACAUCAAUCAAGCAACUUGUUCACAGUUGUGCAAUAUUACAAUUUUCAAAAAUAAUGGGGAAAUACUUAAGACACAUACCGGGAACCCUACUAAAAUGUGUCUCAAAGGAUGAAAUGAUCAUUGCAUUGAAAACCAAUUGCUUUUCAUCACUUAAACAAUCGGUUAUCUACCUAUGCGAAUCUGUAUUUUGUGUUUUUAUUUGUGUUGAGUUUUGUUCUUGUCACUUUUGUUAUGUAUUUUUUCUGGUACAUAUUUCUUAUUGUUGAUUACUUCCUUUUAAAUUGCGGAAGAUCAAAGGUAAAACAAUCAGUGCAUGAUUUCAUAAAUUAAAUCACAAAUCAAAAAGUG